CCUGCGACACACAGUUCACCAGUUUAGGUCCUACAGAAAAACAAGACAAAAUGGCUCAGACAAAUCCCAUAGCCAUGGGCCCUUGGAAGAUCACCGUGUACGAUCAGGAGUACUUCCAGGGCAGGCGUAUGGAGUUCACCGCCUGCUGCCAGAACAUCAUGGAGUGUGGGAUGGAGAAUAUCCGCUCCCUGAAGAUCGAGUGUGGCGCCUGGGUGGGCUUCGAGCACUCUAGCUUCUGCGGCCAGCAGUUUGUCCUGGAGAAGGGAGACUACCCUCGCUUCGAGGCCUACAGUGGCAGCAACUCCUACCGCAUUGAGAGGAUGAUGUCCUUCAGGCCCAUCUGCGGUGCUAACCACAAGGAUUCCCGCAUGACCAUCUUUGAGAAGGAGAAUAUGACUGGGCGUCAGUUCGAGCUGUGCGAUGACUACCCCUCUCUGCAGGCUAUGGGAUGGAUGAACAACGAGGUCGGAUCCAUGCACAUCCAGAGCGGAGCCUUUGUGUGCUACCAGUUCCCUGGCUACCGUGGCUACCAGUACAUCAUGGAGAGUGACUGUCGCGGAGGAGAGUACAAGUGUUACCGUGAGUUUGGCUCCCACUCCCAGACUCCCCAGAUCCAGUCCAUCAGGAGGAUCCAGCACUAAGAAGGCAACGCUUCCAUCACAUUUUCUUAUCUCUGCCUCCUCCUGCACUUCAUUUCCUCCUUCUCCUCCUCUUCUCCUCCCGACUUCCAUCUCCUGGUCUGGCUAAUGAAAGCAAAAUCCCAGGCUUGACUUCAGGUGCUUACCGCUGUCAGAGUGAUGAAACAAAGACAGAAAAAAUCAAUGAAAUGAGAGAAAAAGCUGAAUCAGUGUGAAAGACAGACCUUGUCCGCUGGGGUUGGCUGCAGAAUGGUGAAAGGUUGCUCUUUUCCAUCUCCACCAUUGAUGGCAUCAUCAUCAUCGUCAUCAUCGUUGUCAUCAUCAUCAUCAUCAUCAUCAUCUUCAACAUCAACACGAUCGCCAGUCUUGCUACUGUGAUUUCAAUGACUGCCUGUGAUGAUGAAUAAAGAGAACGAGCAACCCGAGUGGCAUGUACCUCAA